AUGUUUUUCUUCGGCCUAGGGAAACUCUUCUACGUCGUCAUCCUCUUCAUCAACUCCCUGGCCAUCCUCUCCGAGGACCGUUUCCUCGCCAGAAUCGGCUGGGGCCGCAUGCAAGCCGAUCCAGCCUUCGGCGCAACCUACGACAACACCAGCGUCAAGGCCAAAACCAUCAAUCUGAUCGCCAGUGUCCGGACCGUCAUGCGAAGUACGUCCUUCUCCCCCACCAUACCAAACAAAAAAUAA